UAAAAAAAAAAAAGUGAUAUAAUUGAGUAAAACAAUAAAUAAAUUAAAUAUAGCGAAACAAUGGUGACAUUUAUGCUAAAAAUAACGCAAACAUGUUUCUUAAGAAAUAUUUGCAUAUUUAUGACGUUGUAUUUGUUAGUGUUACGAUGGCCAAGCAGAGUGCAGACGCGCAGUCUGCAUCGUUGCGAAUUCGCCGGUCAACUAUACAUAUUGGAUGUACCAAAAUCGGAGUUACCGUUAUGGCUGUGCAUAGCUGAAUACGAAAGCCGCUUUAACACGCAUGUAAUCGGUGCACGCAAUGCGGACGGUUCCAACGAUUAUGGCAUCUUCCAAAUAAGCGACAAGUAUUGGUGUAAACCUGAAAAUCGAACCGAUUACUUUAUUUACAACGGUUGCAAUCUCAAUUGCUCAGACUUGUUGUCGGACGAUAUAACACUCGCCGUGCGCUGUGCCCGUUAUAUACAAAAACAACAAGGGUGGUCAGCCUGGGCAGUCUACAAUGAGUAUUGCAGUAAUAGAACUUUGGAGUAUAUCGAUGAUUGUUUCACUUAAAAAUAUUCCAAAUAGGCAAACA